AACUUUCGCUUCCCAGUCUUCAGCAACACGGCAGCGGAAAGCUGUGGAGGCGGGUGUACAGUCUGUUGCAGCUCGUCGGGUUGUUCUUGUCCGGCUGGAGUGCUCGGAUCGCUUUACUUACGUCUAGCACUCUCUCUAGGUUGGGCGUGUUGUGUGUGCUUCUGCUGAUCGAGACGCACGAUGGAACGAUCAGAGGCACGAGAGGAGUUCUACUCGCUUGGUGUAGGGCAUAUGGGUUCUCCUCCUUUCCACCGUCUAGGAGAAGAUAGAGAAGCCGCUCAUCCGUUUAGUUUCUCUCAUGGUCAUAAUGUGCACCGCCCACUAAGUUUGUACAAUCAAACGGCGUCUCUUAGUAGUUCUAGCGAAAAUCGGAGAGGUAAUUACACACGUCCAACGUUGCCAGUGUCUCCUCUUUCUUUCCAGAGCGCUGGCUUGACUCCUCCGUUGACUGGUGACUACUGGCCUGGGAGUGGUAUUGUAAAUCAUCCUCCAGCUCUCUUUCCUCUCAGCUGGAGUCACGGGAUUGGAUAUCCUGGUCUAGUAGCUGGUCAGUAUGGCAUGGGCGUUGAUGAUGCGAGAAGUUGGAAACGUCGCGAUUCGAGUUAUACAAAAGAUGAAUCGUUUCAGAAUUCUUCGUUUCCAUUUGAUGGUGGUAUCAGGAGACUGAGUUGCCCAGAAUAUUUGCCAAAGAACAGUCCGGUGUGUAGUCAGUCGUAUAGCAUGGAGGCAUGGAGGUCGGCAACAACUGCAAAUGCUGUGAGUGUUGAACCUACAAGUAGUCAGGGGAGAGCGACAGAGGUAUUACCCACUCCUGGGAACGAGGAAGAUGCAUGCUCUGCAGAGUCUGCUGACUACAAUGAUACAGUGUCUGACGACGACAUGAAAGACGAGCAGUGGAAAGACGGUGAGUCGACAGACAAUUCAUCUGAAGCGAACGAAGCUCAACAACUAGUGAUUGAUGAACCAGCCGGCUGCCCAGCAGCUGCCAGUCUAAAUCUCAAGUUGCAGUCUCAACAGCAUGAAGUCAGUGCUGCGACCAUACCAAGAAAACGUCGUAAAAUAAAUGAUGAAAGUGAAGUACGAAGACCACUAGAUCUCGGAUGGGGUCGACAGGUUCGUUUGAAACACUUACCCAAUGGAGUAUGCAAGAGCGAAGUGUAUUAUAUAGCUCCUUGUGGUAAAAAGCUUCGAACCUACCCAGACGUGAAUCGAUACCUCCAGCAGUUAGGAACGACCAACUUAAUGCCCAGUGACUUCUCAUUUAGUGCAAAAAUAUACUUAGGUGAGUUCUUUGAAUCAAACGGUGGUGACUAUGAGAAACUGAGUGAGAGUGACUUGGAGAGAAGACGAUAUGUCAGCCAAGAUGCCAAGCGAGAACGAGAAGCUAGAGCGAAGGGUAAGAAAAGAUCAAAGGGAUGUGAUGAUGACAAAGUUGAGCAACAAACGGAUCUUAACCAGAAAUUGCCACAAGUGAAAUUUCAAAGACACGAACGAAGAAAAACAAAAGCAAGUAAGGACAAGAACAAACAGCUACGUGAAGAUGAGCAAAUGAAACGUAAACAAGAAAUCACUUUGCGUAAACUAGAGGAUGCUGCCAGGAAGGCCAAAGAGAAGGAACUGAAGAAACAGCAAGCAGCCAUUGAGAAAGAGGAAAAACGACAGUUGCUACUGCAGCUGAAAGAACGCCAGCGAAUAGAAGCUGCAACGAUGAAGGCUCACGAACGAGAAGUAAAACGUCAACAAGCACUAGCAUUGAAAGCAGAAGAAGCUCAACGUAAAGCGUUAGCACGGGAAAAGAUGAAAGAAGAGAAAGAAAUAGAGAAGCAGCGACUGAAGGAGCUGAAGGCAGGGAGGAAACGACUGACAGCAGCUAUGAUGAACGACUCAUCGCAGCCGUGUGAUGAUUUGUAUUUACACCAUCCUAAACCAUUGCCGUGUUUUGAUCCUAUGGGCAUACCCAUGACAUCUGUAGCGUUUGGCGACAGUCUAAUGGUUGUCGAGUUUCUUUGGACAUUUUGUGAUGCAUUUAGUCUUGAAGUACUUCCAACGGUAGGAUCAUUGCAAGCUGGACUCCUGAACCAACAACCUUACGCGGAACUUCUUCUUGACAUUUGCUUGCAGAUGGUUGAUAUAAUCAUCCACGACUCGAGCUGUGGUGUCCACCAUUGUGCUAGUGUGAUGGGAACACUCCUAUCGUCACUCAAAGUAACAGAGAAGACAUUCUCGGAGACUCUUCGAGUUAUCUUAGAAACAAAAGAUAACAAUGGUGCUGUUGACAUUGUGGAUCUUCUCAGCAGACAUACCUUUCUCUCUUUAACAGCUGAACAUAAAGCUUACGUGUUGGGUUUUUUAGUGAACGAGUUGCUGACAAGCCGGGUUAUUUUACGGAUAAUUGACGGUAGACAAGAAAAAAUGGCUGAACUUCGUCGUUGUAAAUGGAAGAUUCAGUGUAAGAUUCGUAAAGUUCGUCAAGCGAUCAACGAGCGAUAUCCUUCUGAGCCAUCACCGGAAGGAAAGCAUCCUGGACGAAGACCAAAGAGCGUUGCGGCAGCAGCAGAGGGAGACGAUGACGAUGACGACGAAGAGGAAGACGGGUCUGAUGAUGAGGAAGACGCGGGUGACGACAGCGAGGGUCUGAGCGACGUUGAUAUGAAUGACGUGGAACGCACCUGCAUACCACAUUCGAAGGAAGAAUUGGAUCACGAAAUGAGCAAGUUAGAAAAGUGGCAACAUUUGUAUCGGCAAAAACUUCAUGCUGCAAUGCGGUCAAUGCGUACCAUGUCUUUUGGGGUUGAUCGCUACAGUCGGCGUUAUUGGUCUGUUCCUUAUUGCGGAGGAGUGUUCGUCGAGGGCGUUGACUCUGAAGAGGCAAAGAAUGGUAUGUGGUGGACACAAAGCCAACCAAUAAGCAUUAGUUCUAGGGAGUCACUAGUGGAGACUAAGCCACUGUUACCUCUUCCUCCGCUUAUCAAGCUGCCAAUUCCCAUGCAAGACGACUUCCAUGAAAAGUUGGGUCACGAUAGUCAUCAUUCUCGUAGGAAGCAUCGGUUACACCAAGUCAGAUUGGAUCGGUAUCAUAGAGGGAAUGCUUCGUCUGUAGAGGAGAGUGUAAAUACUCAGUUUUCAGAGGAUGGUAGCGAGAAUGAAGGUAACAGUCUAUCGGAAGGGAAAACGAUACAUUUAUAUGGACGGAUAUCUUCAUAUAACCCGUUUCAUUGUAACCUAUUGUGGGUUCGUGAGCAAUUGAGCAAGGAUCCUACAGUUGCUCGGCCGAUUGCAAUCUGUCCUCCUCAAACCCUAGAUGCUGUGAAGCCAGAAUUGAGUGCCGUGAACAGUUUUGCUUCUCAUAAUUUUACUUCAGACAGCAGUUCAUCCGAUAAUCACGAAUUAUCUCUCCUUGCUGCAGUAGCCACUUCUCAGCGUGAACACGAGAACCAGAAACUACAGCCAACAGAUGAACAUUACAUCAAGGCAAAUGACAGAACAGAUACAAAACAGUCAAGUGGCCUGAUCACAACGUCUGUGUUAACGUUGGCAUCAGAGACACUGAAAGCUGUAAAGGCAGCUGAGAAGGCAAAAGCUCACAGCCACAAAACACGAAGUCUCAACACUAACAACCUACUACCUUCACUCAGUUUAGUUACAUCUAAUAAUCAUAUCACAAAUGACAUUUUCAAACGGACACAACCAGUAGCAGUUUCUAAAGACACCAACCACGGAUGGUGGAUGGUCAAGGAAGGUGACGAGAUGCGUUCUCUUUUCAAGUCUCUUUGUACAAAAGGCUUUCGUGAGCACAGUUUGAGAAAAGUCUUAUCCAAGAAUCUAGAGUACAUUUGUCGGUCAUGUGGCAAAGGAGUGAAAGAUUUGAUGAUUCCCGAGGAUGCUGAUGAAAUCGAUGAAGACACACAGGAAAUGGUGGGUGGUAGGUGCACAGAAAAAGAGCACGGUGUUGACUAUCCGCAGGAAACUGUAUCAGCAUCACUGGUUUUGCUGAACGACAUACAGGAGUUGGAGGAUCGUCUCUUGUCUGCCAGUUUGCAGUCUAAGGGUUGGAAGCCUCGUUCAGUGGGAGAAGACAGUGAAGAAGAAGGCGUUGUUGACACUAGAAGUGCACCCAACUGUUUGAGAAGUGCCAUCGAGAGACUACUUGCUCUCGAAGAAGCAGUGGAACGCAGAUACUUGAAGCCACCGCUAAGAGACAUCAAGCCGCUUACUGCAUCUGCUCUGAAUGCUCGUGUUCUCGGUUGUGUCGAUGAAGGGCAGUCUGCCGAAUGUGAGGAUAGAGAAAUGGAAUCGGUUCCUCUUGGUCUUGGCUGUUGGCGUGAUGCAGUGAGUACAGCUUCGUCUGCGGCACAAGUAACACUUUGCUGUAAUCAGCUGGACCAAUGUAUUGCCUGGGAGAAGUCUAUUAUGAAAGUGUUUUGUCAAGUGUGCUUGAAAGGAGACAACGAGGCUCUGCUAUUGUUGUGUGACGGAUGCGAGAAAGGCGUACACACGUACUGUUGCAAGCCAAAACUGUCCGGUAUUCCCGACGGUGACUGGUACUGUCACUUGUGUGUAGAGAACGCUGCUGGAGACGAUCGAUGUAUAGUCUGCUCAGCCAGCAGUACAACAGGCCGAAUGAUUCGUUGCGGUCACUGUCCUCGUCAAUAUCACAUGAAAUGCUUAGAUCCUCCAAUGUCACGACUUCCUAAAGAGGUGUGGUGCUGCCCUAUUUGCAGCAAGCAAAUGGAGUCAAGUCGGGCUUCUGCUGAGCAACUGAAUUUAGACGUCGAGGAUUUAAUUCAACAGUCAAAUAGCCGACCAGCCAAGAGAAAUCGUAACAACGACAUGGGCAUUUGUCGUACUCUGUUGCGCGAUUUAGAGAAACAACAAGAGAGUUGGCCGUUUUUGACUCCAGUAGCUCGGAAGCAAGUGCCAUCUUAUUAUCAGAUAAUAAAGAAUCCGAUGAACUUCCAGACUAUUAGAAACAAGAUGAAAGGGAACCAGUAUCUGAGUCGAGAGGCGUUUGCUGCUGACGUUCGUCUCAUUUUUGACAAUUGUCGGACUUUUAAUGAAGAUGAUUCCGAGGUUGGAAAGUCGGGUCUUAUUUUAGGUCGAUAUUUUGAAAAAAGAUGGAGAGAACUCAAUCGAGGAAAUGUCUUCUAGGAAUGGCUGCAUGCUGUUUAAGGUGUGGUCGGUUACUCUGCUGUCAUCUUGCCUUACACUAAGGCUGGCUGUAGAUAUUGACUUGUAUAGUAACUGUGGUAAUAGUUGGAAUCUGCAUGGAGUUAUGUGUUGAAACUGUUGGCAACGGACUAUCUGAUGUAUUCCUGCUGAUGAGUUGUCAGUGAAGAACUUGAUUAUGGUCGCACGAUUGAAGGCACUCUGAUGUGAAAUAAUAAUUAUAUAUUGAAAUUGAAAGUUUUCGUGAAAAUGAGGGGAUUACAUAA